AUGGCUCCCGACCCAAACAAGGCCGCCCAUUACAUCAAGGCCCUCGACGAUGCGAGAUGCGAGGGCAAUUGGAGCGCCGUCCCCGAGUUUGUCCGCAAAAUCAGGAAACAUGCCCCUGAUCGAACCUGUCUGACCCUGGCUGCCGAAACGGAAUGCGCCAUCGCCCAAGCCACCGACCCGUCUGGUGCCAGCCAACCUUCGACUGCCGUCUCCAAGGACCUCGAUGCCCCCAACGUGCAAUCCAAGUUGCAGGCCGCCAUAGAAGCCGAGACAAAGUUUCCGGAGGACAGAUUUCAGGCUCAGGUCUGCGUAGGCUUGCUGCAUUGGGUCUCUGAGGCGUUUGAUCAGGCUGUCGCCAGCUUGCCCCAGGAUAUCGAACAGGAGCUUGCGCAACUCGGUGCGACCGACAAGGUGUCGGAAUGGACCAACAUCAGCGCCCUGAAGGCUGCCUUCAUCAAGGCGGACUGUCUAGCACGCAACAACAAGACGGCAGAAGCACUCGUCGUCUUCGACUCUGCGUUGCCUUCGGUCUCAACGGCCUGGACUGGCCGCAGCGUUCCUAGGCAGUCCAAGGUCUGGUCCGAACUGUUCCUCACCGAGUACUGUAUGCUCCAUAGCGAAGCGCUCCGAGCGAACGAGCGGCCACUCGCGGAUCCAGACUCGCUUGCCUGCUUCCGAGCCUGGGCCAGGUACUGGGAAUCCAUGGCAGGGCCGGUCACGGGAGGCUGCGGAUACAAGGGCUCUGUGCCAAGGCGACAAGUCUGGUUGGAGUACUAUUUGGCAUUGUCCACUAUCCUCGAACUGGACAUACCAUACCCCACGGGCUUCCUCGAUAAAGCCACAGAGGAGGCUUCUGCGAGUAGUCAACUAAAGAUUGAGCUCAAGAAGACGGAGGCCGCGUACGAGGCCCUCCUCAUCAGCGAGACCAGUUUCCCGCGGGCGGACGAGACGAGAGAAGAGGUCGAGUCGUUUGUCAGGGUUGUUGUGAGGAACUGGUCUAUCCUCUGCGGUCGCGGAUGGAAAGAGCAGGAUCUUGGCCAGGGGGGCCGCGAGAGUCUGAGCAGAGGCGUUCUCGACACUCUUUAUGCCAUGGCGACCAAGACGUACCACUCAACCGCUAUUCUUCGCUGUCUCUUCACCGUCCAUCUGGCUGUAGCCGAGUUCGACCUGGCCUUCAAAGCUUUCGACUCGUACCUCGACCUCGUCAGACACGGGAAGGCCAGAGUCGACAAGACGGGUCAUCUGGAGGCCAACCUUGAUGACGAUGGUACCGUCCUUGAGACAAUGUCGCAGUGCGUUCUAGCACUAUGUCGCUAUGGCGGAACAGAAGCCAUCGAGAAGGCCCGCGUUAUCGGAAACGAGCUUGAGGAUUGGCUGGCGAGGCUUCCGCAGUUGAGAAACGGCAUCGAAAACGAGAACACGGUGCCGGAAGAGGAUGGCAAGACUGCCCUUCACCCCGCAAUUCGACCUCACCUGAUUGCCCUGUCUUGGCAAGCGAUAGGCCUAUCUCAGGCACACUGGUCGAGAACCACAUACGACGCGGCAUCGCGGACUGAGAUCCAGGCCAAGGCCAUCAGGUGCCUGAGGAAAUCUCUGUCCCCAGAGUUGGGUCGCACUCGGGAUGUUCGCAGUCUGUUUGCCCUCGGCCUGCUCCUCGCCGAGAGACGAGAAUUGACCCCGGCAAUCGACAUUGUCAAAACGGCGCUGAUCUCCAAUAAAUCGGCAGACGACGACCAAGAUCUUUACCACGGUGCAUACUGGCAGCAACGCUCACUGGUCCCUCUCUGGCACCUGCUGGCUCUGUUACUGAGCGCAAGGCAGGACUAUAACAUGGCGGCCAAGGCCUGUGAGGGCGCUUUCGACCAGUUCGGCGACCCCUCUGUCUUGUUCGGAAGACAGGAUCUGCACUUCAAGAGUGAGCACCUCAAUGAGGCUGAAGCUCAGGAUGAGAAGAUCGCCAAUGAGCGAAGGGGGGCCGUAGACGAUAUGGACGAUACCGAAAAGGAGAGCAUUCUCGAAGUGAAAAUGACCCAACUUGCACUUCUCGAGCUGCUCGAAGGGCCCGAUGUCGCUGUCAACGCCGGCUCCGAGUUGAUGUCACUAUUUAUGCGGUUGUUUGGCAGCCUCGAAACCAAGCCAACUAUGCAACCGCCCAAGACGGUCGACACCGUGGUGCUAAGGAGUUCGGCUGGCACACUGAAAAGUAUAAGGGGGAGCAUCUUUGGAUCCACGCGAACACGGCAAGCCAGCAUCGCCGAGAGUGAGAAGACGGCCACCCAAUCGCGCCCUCAAACGAGCGCAACCAGCAUCGCGCCAACAAUACACGUCACGCAAGAGAUUGAAUCGUCCACAGAGAAGAAGACACGGCGACUUUCCGGCGUGUCACGUCGGGCAAGGAGCGAAUCGGGUAAGAGGUCCAGCCUUCGCAAGCGAGAUAGCAGCGGCGCUCGCAAGAGGACGGCAAGUGUCAGUAGCGCUGGCACCAAUACCCACGCGACUGUUGUGGAUGGUGAAGUUUUCUUCACUCCUGCGGACGAGCUGCAGCAAUCCGAAUUCUUCCCUCUUUCAGGCAACCGGCAAGCCUCGACGGCGUCUUCUGUCUCCCGAGGUCGCUCUCUUCAUCACCUGGGAUCGUACACAUCCCAGAAGUCGAGGUCGACGAAUUUCUCGGAAAUCUCUGCCAGCGGCACUUACACCAUCUCUAACCCACUGCCCCUGAUCCACUUCCCCUCGGAUACCCAGCGGAGGCAGAGGGCAGUUCUCCUCGUCAAAGUAUGGCUAAUGAUUGCGGGGUUUUACCGACGUGCCGACUUGUUUGAGGAUGCGAAAGGCGCCAUCUCGGAGGCGCAGAAGCUUGUGGGUAUGCUCGAGGCCGAAGUCGCAAAAGACCCGACAGGCUCCUUGUCCAUGAGAGGUAACACUUGGGCGGAAAGGAAGGGCGUUGACCAAUUGCUGGGAGACGUGUGGGCUGAGCUAGGUUAUCUCUCUCUAGUUAAGGGGUCGCCGUACUUGGCCCGGUCAGACUUCGAGAUGGCACUAACCCACUACCCCGACCACCCAGCAGCCAUUGUGGGAUUGUCCGACAUCCUGCUCGACAUCUACAGCGAGAAGGUCCUCCCGCCUCCGGCGAUUCCCACCCUCAGCGUGCCCGAGGACGUCUCCAAUCUUUACCUUCCGCCCUCAGACCUACCCAAAUCGGCGAUCCCUCAAUACGGCUUGCCGUCGGAGCCUCUCGGCCUAGGCUCCCACGCAUCGGGCUCGGGAUUCAUCAAGACCGACAACGCCCAGCAAUCCGCCACGGCCGCGUCGUCGGACAAUUCGCUGGAUAGGACGGAGUCGGAGGAGAAGCUGCCGGUUCCGUACAAGGCGACCUCGAUUCCCAAGAUCGACCGCCUCGCCGCCCGCGACCGUGCCUAUGGGCUGCUGUCGUCACUGACAAAGCUCGGCAGCGCUUGGAACAACGCGGAGGCCUGGUUCGCCCUGGCCCGGGCUCACGAGGAGAGCGGCCAGAUCGACAAGGCCAAGGAGGUGCUCUGGUGGUGCGUCGAGCUGGAGGAGGGCACCGGUGUGAGGGAGUGGCAGUGUCUUGGAAGCGGCGGCUACGUGCUUUAA